UAACAUUGUUUCUUCAAAGUCCGGAUGAUUUCGGGACACAUUUUUUUUAUUUGAAUUAUAUUAUGUACCUAGUAGAACAAUCUACAUUCUAGAGUGGUAACUUUUUCUACCAACUGUUAUUUUGACAUUUACUUUGUAGUGCUGAGAAUUGAGAGCUUAAAAUUUUUUUUCCGUCACUUGCGUAUGCGAUCGAUCGCGGGCAAGUUGUCGUGAUUUGUGUGGUAGUUUGCGCUCGGCGGCUUUAAAAAUGGCUCUAUUCAGGAUCACAUCUUCAAGACUCGUAGAAUUGCAGAAAGCAUGUCCGACUGCGACAGUUCUACUUCGAGGUCUAAGCGCUGAACAGACGAAUUUAAAAAGUAUUCUCCAGGAAAAGAUUCCCAAGGAACAAGAGAAGAUCCGCGAAUUCCGAAAGAAGCAUGGUUCCACUAAAGUCGGAGAGGUCACAGUUGAUAUGAUGUACGGUGGCAUGCGUGGAAUCAAAGGUCUGGUUUGGGAAACCUCUGUGCUGGAUGCCGAUGAAGGAAUCCGUUUCCGUGGUCUAUCCAUCCCUGAGUGCCAACAGCAACUGCCCAAGGCUAAGGGUGGAGAAGAACCACUACCCGAAGGUCUUUUCUGGCUUCUCGUCACUGGCGAUAUACCCACCGAAGCGCAAGCUAAAGCGCUGUCUAAAGAAUGGGCAGCGAGGGCGGAGCUACCGGCUCACGUAGUGACAAUGUUGAACAAUAUGCCCGGCAAACUGCAUCCCAUGUCACAGUUCUCGGCUGCCGUCACCGCACUCAACAGUGAAUCUAAAUUCGCUAAAGCCUACUCAGAGGGCGUGCACAAAUCCAAGUAUUGGGAGUACGUGUACGAAGACACAAUGAACCUUAUCGCGAAACUGCCCGUGAUCGCCGCCACUAUCUAUCGCAACGUGUACCGCGAUGGCAAGGGCAUCGGCGCCAUCGACGACAACAAGGACUGGUCCGCGAACUACUGCAACAUGCUCGGCUUCGACGACCCGCAGUUCACCGAACUCAUGCGUCUCUACCUCACCAUACACAGUGACCACGAGGGUGGCAACGUUUCUGCGCACACUACGCAUUUAGUGGGUUCUGCUCUUAGUGAUCCUUACUUAUCUUUCGCCGCUGGACUCAAUGGUCUUGCUGGACCACUUCACGGCCUGGCUAAUCAAGAGGUUCUGGUAUGGCUCGAGAAACUGCGCAAACAAGUUGGUGAUAAUUUCACAGAAGAGCAACUCAAAGAAUUCAUCUGGAAAACACUUAAAUCUGGUCAGGUUGUACCUGGUUACGGUCACGCAGUACUUAGAAAAACUGAUCCAAGAUAUACUUGCCAGCGUGAGUUUGCUCUUAAGCACUUACCCAAUGACCCAUUAUUCAAGCUGGUCGCUGCUGUUUACAAGGUUGUUCCGCCGAUCCUCACCGAACUUGGCAAAGUCAAGAACCCAUGGCCUAAUGUAGACUCCCAUUCGGGAGUUCUUUUGCAGUAUUAUGGUCUGAAGGAGAUGAACUACUAUACAGUAAUGUUUGGAGUGUCCCGAGCGUUGGGUGUUCUCGCUCAGUUGAUUUGGUCCCGUGCGCUCGGACUUCCCAUUGAGAGACCAAAGUCGCUCAGCACGGAGAUGCUUAUGAAACAAGUCGGGAAGUAAAUUCUAAAUACAACAAUAAAAUAAAUUUUAAUGGGUUUUCAAUUAAGGAUGCUCGAACUUUAAUAAAAAUGAAGACAUUUUUGUCUGCAUGAGAAAUUAUUUAGUUGUAUUUUGGUAUUGGUUUCUCCUUUCUCUCGCUAAACUGUCAUAAAGGUGCCGGCCUUGUUUUGGAACAAACUCUGUCCUGUAUUUAAUCCAAGUAAAAUAACGAAUUGAUUUUCCUGGAUUUCUAAGUAUCAUGUUCGGUAUUCCUACAGUACACUUACAGAGAUAUUUUAUUAAAUAUAAUUAUUUCAUUGUUUGCAGUCAACUUCAAUUGAAUUUGUUAAAAUUAACGAGUGUGGCAUAGUCCUCUAAAUAUAUUCCAUAGGUAUAUACACUAAACGAAUUUAUGAUGCUAUUUAAUAUCUAUAUCAUCCAAUCAUUUGGAGAAAUUGUUCAAUGCUACAUUUUCAUUAUGAUUUAAACAAAAUAUAAAGCUACAAUACAGCUUCAUUAUACAGUCAAAGUUCGAACGACCCAUUUGGAAAACCCUUUAAAGAGCAAGUUAAAGCGUAUUUCAUCAGCGCAAAAGCUCUACGCUUUGAAUAACUGGAUGCAGUUUGAUUCAUAUAACACCAGUAGUCAAUUUCAGAAGCUUUCGUAGAUAUUUCAAAAAAAUAACGAAAUUAUUCAUUAUUUAUCCUUAAAAUUUAAGUAAUACACUACAUUGUGAAUUAAACAAAUUUUAACUAACGUGUACUAAUAGGUCCUAUGUUAUAGAUGUUUUAUGUACUUAUUGCUGUGAUGUAUUAUUUAUGUGUUAAUAUUAAAUUUACUUUAAUCAUUAAUUGUAGUAAAUCCAGGGAUAUGUAAUAAAUUGACUAGAAUGGUGUUGUGACUCAACUGCAAUUUAUAACAUAGGUGCCAGUAAUGUCGGAAAUUAUCGAAAUCCUCGGAACGUACAUAUAUAUUUAGAUUUUGUUUGUAGGAAAUCUGGUAGUAAAUAGAAUCCAGUGUGCUGUGCAUACUGAUUGUAGUAAAUUAAUAUUUGUUUUUAAAUCAUCUUUAACCUAAACAAUACCUGCUGCUGCUUCUUAUACAGUAUUUUUCUUGUUUUAUAAAUUAGCUUCAGUAGAAAGUCAAUUACAUUUGCAUAAAAUAUGUGCAAAAAUGACUUCUAGAACUUAGAACUGUAGUCUGUUCCACAAGGGAACGGCAAAUACUUCGCAAUACUUUCCGAAAAAACUCUUCGUUGAUUCAUUUCUUGUCAAGUUACCAAAGUUUAAAGUUGUCAAAUGUAUAAGGAUUUAUACAAAAACAUCUUUAAAGUGUUAGAUUUACACGACAAAGCAAUAUUAACAAUGCCAACGUUGAAAUGUAAUUUAAGUUGGAUUGUUGAUAUAGCUGGGAUUUUAGUUACGUACAUUUUGUUGUCAUCAUUCAGUAAAGUUUCAUUUAUUUAUUUGUAAUUUUCGGUAUGUAUUGUAUGGCGUAUGAAUUUGGUAUGGUAAUUGUAGAGGCGUCGCUCAUUGCGUACGAUUAUCGUAUCGUAACGAUUUAAUAAUUUGACAAUACUAAAAAUAAAAUGGUAUGGUUAUAGUA